AUGGGGCUCACGGCAGAAACCAACCGCGUCGUGCAGGAGUUCGACCUCAACGAUGCCGACCUCAACAAGGGCGUCACUGAGUUCCUCAGCCAGAUGGACCAGGGCCUCGAGAGGGACGGCACCAGCUUGAGUCAGAUUCCUACCUACGUCACUGGCGUCCCUAACGGCACCGAGAAGGGCCUCUACCUCGCCGUCGAUCUAGGUGGAACGAACUUUCGGGUCUGCUCCAUCCAUCUGAAUGGCGACACAACAUUCAACCUUACUUACUCAAAAGUCGCCAUACCCAAGGAGCUCAUGACAGCCAAGACAGCCCAACAGCUGUUUGGCUUCCUGGCAAAGCAGAUCGAGGUCUUCCUCCGCACACACCACAGCGAGCACUUUGAGCACCGGCUAAGGAGACGCUUCACAUUCAGCAACCCCGAGGGCUUCAAGGAUGAGGAAGUGUUCCGUCUUGGCUUCACAUUCAGCUUCCCCGUUCAACAAAUCGGCAUCAAUAAGGGCAUUCUGAUGCGCUGGACAAAGGGGUUCGAUAUCGCCGACGCGGUGGGCAAGGAUGUUUGCCAACUGCUGCAGACUGAGAUUGACAAGCUCGGGCUGCCAGUCAAGGUCGCCGCGCUCGUCAACGACACCGUGGGAACACUGAUGGCUCGCUCGUACACAUCACCUGGCAAGAAGGGCACUGUUCUGGGAGCAAUUUUCGGCACCGGCACCAACGGAGCAUACGUGGAGAAGCUCUCAAAUGUGAAGAAGCCCGUGCAGGGUGCCUUUGACAGAACCACAGGAGAUAUGAUCAUCAACACCGAGUGGGGUUCUUUCGACAACCAACUGAAUGUACUUCCCAACACGACAUGGGACAAGCAAUUGGACAAGGACAGCAUCAACCCGGGGAUUCAAAUGUUCGAGAAGCGUGUUUCUGGCAUGUUCCUGGGCGAAAUUUUGCGUCUGGCCGUUGUCGACCUGCUGAAGAAUGAGAACGUGCAGCUCUUCAAGGACGAGAACUCCAGCAAGAACGACUGGCGGUCGACAACAACCGUCGCUCAAGAAUCUGGCAUUUUCAAGCAAUGGGGAGUUGACACAGCCAUCAUGUCUGUUGCAGCCGCAGACAACACCCCCGACCUCGGUACUUUGCGUCAGGCCCUGGAGGACCAGCUCCUCGUGUACAGCCCCUCCUUGGAGGACGCGCAGGCGUUCAAGUCUAUCGCCGAGUCCGUCGGCCGGCGCGCUGCCCGUCUGUCGGCCAUCAGCAUCGCUGCUAUUGUCCUGAAGACUGGCAAGCUGACCGAUCCGGAAUGGGAGGGCGAGCCGAUCGACGUAGGAGUGGACGGCAGUCUCGUCGAGCACUACCCAUACUUCCGCGACAUGAUUUACGAGGCGUUCCAAGCCAUUGAGGGCAUCGGCGAGGAAGGCGCCAAUAAGAUCCGCAUCGGCAUUGCGAAGGACGGGUCUGGCGUCGGUGCUGCGCUCAUUGCUCUCGUCGCGACAGGCGAGGAGAAGACCCAACCCACACCUGACUUCCUGGAAGAGCAACGUGUUUCUUCAUUCUCUAUUCCUGCAAUCCGGUGGCACUUGCGCAAGGUCCAGCCGUGGCAGUGGGCCGGACUGGGACUGAUCGCAGGGCUCGUGGCGAUCAGGAAGAAGGAGUUCUUUGCGGGUCUUUGGGGGCGUUUCGUGGCUCGGAACUAA